AUGGCUGCAUUGUCAUGGGAGAGGUUCAAGGAAGAGUUUGACAAUAGAUUCUUUCCAGACUCUGUCAAACAACUGAAGGCCCAGGAGUUCGCGUCCUUAACACAAGGAAGUUUGACUGUGGAGCAGUAUGCCGCUAACUUCAUGGUAUUAGGAAGGUUUGCAGCCCACUUGAUUUCAACUCAAAAGAUGCAAGCACAAAAGUUUCAAGUAGGACUUUUGCCAAGAAUCAGAAGUCAAGUAGUUUGCCUCAAAAUAGAGAAUUACCAAGAGUUGGUAAAUGUAGCGGCGAUAGCAAAGGCUGAGCAGAAGGAAUUGGUGAUCCAGAAUCUUACCAAUCGAAAGAGGGUCAUGCCAUUUGCUGCCAGUAGUAGUGCUGAGAAAAGGAGAAAUUAUCCCAACACCAUGCAAGGCAGUGGAGCUGGUGAUCACAAACCAAGGCCCCACAUCCCUGCACUCGUGUAUGCAGUAACACCAGAUGAUUUUGAAGUUGACGCACCUGAAACUGAUGAAGCUGGCGUCAUGACUAGAAGGGUUAAUUUGUUUAGGUUCUCAGCUUGUGCACUAUUCGAUUCAAGUGCAUCACAAUCCUUUGUGUCUGCAGUGUUUGCACGAAUUUGUAGUUUACAGACUGAGCUUUUACCACGACGAGUUGUAGUAUUAAUUCCCGACUGGAAUACAGUAUCUUGUACCCGUUUAGUUAAGGAUUGUUCGUUAGAACUAGAAGGUAAGACAUUGAAGGCUAAUUUGUUAGUAUUCGAUCAGAUGGAAUUCGACCUAAUUUUGAGGAUGGACUGGCUUUUCAAGCACUAUGCUAAGAUAGACUGUCGGAAACGAGAGGUUAUGUUUGAACCUCCAACUGAAGACAGGAUGAGUUACACAAGAACAUCAGUUAAGGCCACCCCACCUUCGAUCUCGGCGUUGCAAGCUAGGAAAUGUAUCGAUGAUGGAGCCUCAGCGUUUCUAUUGAUAACUAUAGAGGAGACAACCAAAACUAUAGGAAUCCAAGGGAUACCUGUGGUUGAAGACUUUUCUGAAGUUUUCGUUGAUGAGUUACCUGGUUUACCACCGGAUAGAGAAGUAGAAUUCCAAAUAGAGUUGGAGCCGGCAACAACUCCGACUCACAAGGCGCCAUAUCGUAUGGCCCCUACCGAAUUGAAUGAGCUCAAGCUACAAUUGGAGGAACUUUUGGAGAAGGGUUUUAUCCGGCCCAGUUCUUCGCCGUGGGAGCACCUGUGUUAUUUGUGA